UAUACCCGUUUAAAAUCAAUUGGGUUAUCCGCCACUUCCAUUCGCAGUAGGGUUUAGUGAUUUAAUCGCAGCAGGUUUUCCACUGAGCUCCCUCUUCCAUUGCGAAACUGCCCCGCGGCUAAGCUUCAUCCAACACCGCUCGGAGCAAUGCCGCAGGGAGAUUACAUAGAGCUGCACCGGAAAAGAUAUGGCUACCGCUAUGAUCACUUCGAGAAGAAACGCAAGAAGGAGGCUCGUGAGCCUCACAAGCAUUCCCAGAUUGCUCAAAAGACUCUGGGUAUCAAGGGUAAGAUGAUAGCUAAGAAGAACUACCGUGAAAAGGCCUUGAUGAAGAAAACAUUGGCAAUGCAUGAAGAGUCAUCGUCAAGGAAAAAGGUUGAUGAUGAAGUACACGAUGGAGCUAUUCCAGCCUAUCUUCUUGAUCGUGAAAGUACCACAAGAGCGAAGGUCAUCAGCAAUACCAUAAAGCAAAAGAGGAAAGAGAAAGCAGGAAAAUGGGAUGUUCCAUUACCUAAGGUAAGGCCUGUGGCUGAAGAUGAAAUGUUUAAAGUGAUCAGAACUGGCAAAAGAAAGACCAAACAAUGGAAGAGGAUGGUCACAAAAGCCACUUUUGUAGGUCCAACUUUUACUAGAAAACCUCCAAAGUAUGAGCGUUUCAUACGACCCUCAGGCAUGCGUUUCACUAAAGCUCAUGUGACGCACCCUGAACUCAAGUGUACUUUCAAUCUUGAAAUCAUUGGUGUGAAGAAAAACCCAAAUGGUGCAAUGUAUACAUCUCUUGGCGUCAUAACCAAAGGAACCAUCAUUGAGGUGAACGUCAGUGAACUUGGUCUUGUAACUCCUGCUGGAAAAGUUGUCUGGGGGAAGUAUGCUCAAGUGACGAAUAAUCCUGAAAAUGAUGGCUGCAUCAAUGCGGUUCUCCUUGUGUAGAUGGACAGUAUUGUAUUGGGAUGUUCAAUUCUCGGUGCCGAAAUCCCCGCCUUCAUAUUUGCAUUAAUAGUUUGCUGUCUUGAAUUGGUUUCACAUUUUUGAGCAUUGUGAGACCUGACUUUUAUGUACACUUGUGAACUGUUUACAAUAGCAUGAAGUAGCCACUGAUUUGAACUUUGAAGAGUUUUUUCAUACAAGAUUUUUACAUGUAAACAGUAAUUUUAUCCCAUCAGCCACUAGUAGUAAAUGAAAACAAAAGAGGUUCAUGCAAAAUAGGUUCAUGGUUUUGAAUUAAUUUGUUUGAUAUUUUCCGCCAUGUGACUUGUGUCAUUGACAAAAUAGGAAAUUAU